CAACCUUAUGGUUCCUAGUCGGAUUUGUUAACCACUGAGCCAUGAUGAGAACUCCAGAACCCUAAUUUCAAUGUGGAAUCUAUAAGUAACCAGACUGUAGCAACCUAGUGUUACAAGGUACCAGAAAUCAACAAGCCUCAGAGGUGGGGGAAGCAAUUGAAAUACCCAACACAGUACUGAGUGUUAAUAAGACACACUAGGCACAAAUGGAAUCACUAACACUAAUCUCCACUUCACCAAACUGAGUCUUAAUUACAGUUGUGGCUUCCCCAGAAAGGGAAUCUUAAAGUGGUCAAUCAGGAAUUGUCUGAUCAGCAGUAGUUAGGUAAUCUGCCUUAUAGACAGACCCCUGCCAUCCCCUAGAGGUAAGUAACCCUGCAAUAACCAAUCUGUUUCUUUCGUCUAGUGUAACGUCCUUGUACCCACUCCAUUCUGUCUAUGAAAGUCUUUCGCUUUGCACACCUCCUCCAAGCUCCUUUCUAUCUGCUAGACGGGAUCCUUAAAUAAAGCCAAUCAAUCUUUCAAAUUUACCCAGUUGAAUUUUGUUUUUUAACGUAAAGGAUCUGAGCUACUUUCCCUAGAAGGGAAGGACAUUUAGAUUAAGCAGGAGGAGGAGACUCCCCUAUCCUCCUCUCUCAGGCAGAGACAGUGGGAGCUGGUGAUUCCCCAGGUGAAUAAGAUGUACUUUCUGCCCCGGUGGAUGGAGACAGAUAAACAAGACAAUGCCAUUGGACAUAAACGCAACUAAGUCAUGCAUAUAUCCUUCUUUAGUCAAAAAGGAAAACUCUCUUCCCUGCAAACUUACCCUUUUUAAAGCUGAGCUCUCUGGAACCACACCCACCAAAAUCGCAAAAUGGGUCAUAAGCCUUUCCUCCAGUGCACUCCCAGGAAGCUGGAGGAUGGGCUCAGAGACCUCCCGGCUACUGAAGGAAUGUAGUUAAUAGGUCCGGGCAGCAGACAGCUAAUGUCCAGAGACUGGGCCUUCUAGUGAUAUCCAUUGCCCUGAUCCUUCUGCUCAUUUCGUUUUAUUUCCCUCCAUACUGGGGCUGAAAGAGGGACGAAUUAGUGCAUCUGGGAACCCGAAGGUGGGGAAGGCUGGAGAGGGAGAAAAAACAUGCUUUGUGUGUUAGAGAAGGAAAAAGGAAACUGAAAUCCGAAACGCAGGGGCAAAAAAGGACCCCAGGCAGACACUGUGAACCAUUGGGGGAACGCAACACGGUGGGUGGAUGGGUCACCUGCUCAACCUAACCAUUUUCCUGGUCUGAGAGCCGAAGCCUGAAGGGCAGUGACAGCACCAGGGGGUGCAGUGGGAGUGGGGUGGGGGCGGGGGCGGGCAGCAUCUUAGUCUCUACGCUCCCACAGCCCCAGCCCCAAUUCUCAGGCCCCCGCUCGCCGCUUCCUGCAGCCUCAGUCACCGGCUGCGGGCCUGUGUUGAGGGGCGGGGCUGCGUGGAGCUGAGGAUAUGUAAAAAAAGAACUAAUUAGCAUCCUCCAAUCCCAUUGGCUCUCCGCCCACCCUGCUUUACAUACGCCCGCCCAGCUGGCAGCCUGGACUUGCGGGGCUCGGUUGGGUUUGCAGCCACUGCCGUCGCUGCUGCGCUUCAGUGCAGGGCGAAGGAGCGGCGAGCGAACCCCGGGCCAGGAGCCUGGAGCCGGGGGAGCCGGGAGCUGGGGAGCCGAGAGUCGAGAGCCAGCUGCCGGCAGAGCUGCUGCCGCAGAGGUAUCAGGGUCUAUUUCCAUCCUACAAACACCGAGGCCAGCGCCCGGUGGCUUCUGCGCCCAGCUCGGUCCAGAGGGGAGCAGGUCAGACACUUUUAUUUCGCAAGCAAGGCGCGAGCCCAGCUUGAGCUUCUCUCCUGGCCUGGCUUGCUCCUCAGCGCGUCCCAGCUCUGGCCCGGGCUCUGGAAGAUGACACUCUGGUCUGCCCAGUGUAUUCCAGCGGCGACGGCCCAGGGAGGUAGCCAAAAGUAGUAACACUUGGUAGUAGCAGCUGGUGGAAAAGUGAGCCGAGGCGUCACGGACUCGGCUCUUCCCGCGCCCAGCGCCCGCUGCUCUUCGCUGUUCCUCCCACUCCGCUCGCCGGCGGCCGCAGCAUGAAGUGGCGCAGCGAUGGCCAGGAGAGGUAAGAAGCCCGUGGUGCGGACGCUGGAGGAUCUGACGCUGGACUCGGGUUAUGGUGGCGCGGCGGACUCUGUGCGCUCCUCCAACUUGUCCCUGUGCUGUUCCGAUUCUCACCCGGCGUCCCCGUAUGGCGGGAGCUGCUGGCCGCCUCUAGCUGACUCCAUGCACAGCCGGCACAACAGCUUUGACACUGUCAACACUGCCCUGGUGGAAGACUCCGAAGGGCUGGACUGCGCCGGCCAGCACUGCUCACGGCUGCUGCCGGACCUCGACGAGGUUCCCUGGACCCUCCAAGAGCUGGAGGCGCUGCUUCUGCGCUCAAGGGAUCCCCGGGCAGGCCCAGUGGCCCCCGGCGGCCUGCCCAAAGACGCGCUGGCCAAGCUGUCGACGCUGGUGAGCCGGGCGCUGGUACGCAUCGCCAAAGAGGCACAGCGCUUGAGCCUGCGCUUCGCCAAGUGCACCAAGUACGAGAUCCAGAGUGCCAUGGAGAUCGUGCUGUCCUGGGGCCUGGCGGCACACUGCACAGCGGCCGCACUGGCUGCUCUGUCCCUCUACAACAUGAGCAGUGCGGGUGGCGACCGCCUGGGCCGCGGCAAAUCCGCGCGCUGCGGCCUCACCUUCUCCGUGGGCCGCGUGUAUCGCUGGAUGGUGGACAGCCGCGUGGCGCUGCGCAUCCACGAGCACGCAGCCAUCUACCUGACGGCCUGCAUGGAGAGCCUCUUCCGGGACAUCUACGCGCGGGUGGUGGCCUCUGGGCUGCCCAGGAGCUGCAGCGGCCCGGGCCCAGGCUCCAGUUCAGGCCCAGGCCCGGGCUCGGGCCCCGGAGCUGCCCCGGCGGCGGAUAAAGAGCGGGAGACGCCUGGAGGGGGAGCGGCGAGCGGCGGCGCCUGCAGCGCAGCCAGCAGCGCCAGCGGGGGCAGCAGCUGUUGCGCCCCGCCAGCCGCCGCUGCCUCUGCCGCCUCAGCAGCCCCACCGGUCGCCGCCUCCGCCAACCACCACCACCACCACCACCACGCGCUCCACGAGGCGCCCAAGUUCACCGUGGAGACGCUGGAGCACACCGUCAACAACGACUCCGAGAUCUGGGGGCUCCUGCAGCCCUACCAGCACCUCAUCUGCGGGAAGAACGCCAGCGGAGUGCUCUGCCUGCCAGACAGCCUGAACCUUCACAGAGACCCGCAGAGGACCAGCAAGCCGGGAGAGCUAGCCAUGUUCAGCCAGUCCGAGUUGAGGACCAUCGAGCAAUCCUUGCUGGCCACCCGUGUGGGCAGCAUCGCGGAACUGAGUGACCUGGUGUCCCGAGCAAUGCAUCACCUGCAGCCCCUCAACGCCAAGCACCAUGGCAACGGCACCCCCCUGCACCACAAGCAGGGGGCGCUCUACUGGGAGCCGGAGGCCCUGUACACCCUCUGCUAUUUCAUGCACUGCCCACAGAUGGAAUGGGAAAAUCCCAACGUGGAGCCCUCCAAAGUCAACCUCCAGGUGGAAAGGCCCUUCCUCGUGCUGCCGCCGCUGAUGGAGUGGAUCCGGGUGGCCGUGGCGCACGCCGGCCACCGCCGCAGCUUCUCCAUGGACAGCGACGACGUCCGCCAGGCCGCCCGGCUGCUGCUGCCCGGCGUGGACUGCGAGCCGCGCCAGCUCAGGGCCGACGACUGCUUUUGUGCUUCUCGGAAGCUGGACGCAGUGGCCAUCGAAGCCAAGUUUAAGCAGGACCUGGGUUUCCGGAUGCUGAACUGCGGGCGGACCGACCUGGUGAAGCAGGCGGUGUCUCUCCUGGGGCCGGAUGGGAUCAACACCAUGAGCGAACAGGGCAUGACCCCCCUGAUGUAUGCCUGCGUCCGUGGGGACGAGGCGAUGGUUCAGAUGCUGCUGGAUGCCGGAGCUGACCUGAAUGUGGAGGUUGUCAGUACUCCUCAUAAAUAUCCAUCCGUCCACCCCGAGACCCGCCAUUGGACGGCUCUGACUUUUGCUGUGUUGCAUGGACAUAUUCCUGUAGUUCAGCUCCUCCUGGAUGCCGGGGCCAAGGUGGAGGGCUCUGUGGAGCACGGCGAGGAAAACUACUCAGAAACGCCCCUCCAGCUUGCAGCCGCCGUAGGAAAUUUUGAGCUGGUUAGUUUGCUGUUGGAGCGUGGCGCAGACCCCCUGAUAGGAACCAUGUACAGGAAUGGGAUUUCUACGACCCCUCAGGGUGAUAUGAACUCUUUCAGCCAGGCCGCAGCCCACGGACACAGGAAUGUGUUCCGCAAACUGCUCGCUCAGCCAGAGAAGGAGAAGAGCGAUAUCCUGUCCCUGGAGGAGAUUCUGGCCGAGGGGACUGACCUGGCGGAGACAGCCCCGCCCCCCCUGUGUGCCAGCCGCAACAGCAAGGCCAAACUCAGAGCCCUGAGGGAGGCCAUGUACCACAGCGCUGAGCAUGGCUACGUGGAUGUCACAAUUGAUAUCAGGAGCAUAGGUGUCCCGUGGACGCUGCACACGUGGCUGGAGUCUUUGCGGAUCGCCUUCCAGCAGCACCGCAGGCCUCUCAUUCAGUGUCUGCUGAAGGAGUUUAAGACCAUUCAGGAGGAAGAGUACACGGAGGAGCUUAUCACCCAGGGCCUGCCCCUGAUGUUCGAGAUCUUGAAAGCCAGCAAGAACGAAGUGAUCAGCCAGCAACUGUGUGUCAUCUUCACUCACUGCUACGGGCCCUACCCCAUCCCCAAGCUCACGGAGAUCAAACGGAAACAGACCUCACGCCUGGAUCCUCAUUUCCUUAACAAUAAAGAAAUGUCAGAUGUUACCUUUCUGGUGGAAGGAAGACCAUUCUAUGCUCACAAGGUGCUGUUAUUUACAGCCUCUCCAAGGUUCAAAGCGCUCCUCUCCAGCAAACCAACGAACGACAGCACCUGCAUAGAGAUCGGAUACGUGAAGUACCCCAUCUUUCAGCUGGUCAUGCAGUAUCUCUACUAUGGUGGCCCAGAGUCACUGCUCAUCAAAAACAAUGAGAUAAUGGAGCUUCUGUCUGCCGCCAAAUUUUUCCAGCUGGAGGCUUUGCAGCGACACUGUGAGAUUAUCUGCGCAAAGAGCAUCAAUACUGACAACUGUGUGGAUAUUUACAACCACGCAAAGUUUCUUGGGGUCACAGAGCUCUCGGCGUAUUGUGAAGGCUACUUUCUCAAAAACAUGAUGGUCCUCAUUGAAAACGAAGCAUUCAAGCAGCUCCUAUAUGACAAAAAUGGCGAAGGGACGGGCCAGGAUGUGCUCCAGGACUUACAGAGGACGUUGGCCAUCAGGAUUCAGUCGAUCCACUUGUCAUCUUCCAAAGGUUCUGUCGUAUGAAGCGUCCCGUCCAGGGAAUGUUCCCCGGGGACGUGCCAGUUCACCUGUCGCAUUGGCUUCACACGAACAUAGAAAUCUCACCUGGCAUCUGUUUUUGGCUGAGCCAAGGAGCUGCCUCUACUGCCUCAGCUUCUCUUGAAUAAGCAAAUGCAGCUCCCAGGGGCUCCUCUUGAGAAACAAAGGACAUGCCACUGGCCUGCAGAUCAGAUCGCAGCUGAGUCCGGAGCUAGAAGGUCAACGUGAGGCAGCCAAGCUGACCUCAUCUGAAAGCACCCCUGGGGCAGUUGAACACCCGUGGCCAGGGACCAUUGUCCAAUGGGUGGACUGAGAACGAAAAGCCCUUCAGGUUCCAGGAGCACGUCCCUGUCCUGACCCUGACAAGCAUUAUAUUUAUGACAUAUUAAGGACUUUAGUAGCUGUAGUUCAGCAAGAAUCAAUCAUGGUGGCAAAUUGGUGAGACUGACACGAAUAACGAAGACAUCAUUUGGCAAAAUUUUUAGGGGUGGGAACUUUUUAAAAUGUUCAUUUAAAAAAAAAAACAAAAAAAACAAAAACAAAAACAGGGCAGCCUUGUAGUUUCCAAUCUAUUUCUAAAAGCUUAACCGUUCAUUUUCAAUUGAAUUGUGUUUAGGGAAUCUGUGUUUUGAGAUUUCUUUUUUUUUAAACAGUAAGUCGCAGGUCUGCACUGUAUCAACAUGCAUCUGACAAGACAUUGCUGAUCUUCUAAACAAGGUGAAAUAAUAACCUUGCCUUAGUAAUCAUGGUUACAUGGAAGAGGUGCACUGCCAAUAAUUAUCUCUAACUCAAUAGUUGAAAAAACCCUGCAUGCUGAUCGUGGUUUCGGGGUGAGAAUAAAUUCCCCCCCAUAAAAAAAUUUAAAAAAAACACAAAAAACAUGCAUUUGCAUGGGCCCGAACCUGUGAGAUAGUAUGUUUGUGCUUCAUUUUUGCCAAGGUAAAAAUGUCCCAUCACGUCUUGCUAAAAGUCCAUUUAGUGAAACUAACAUAUCCAUGUCCUUUCCUAGUUAAUGAAUGAUUCGGGGAUGCUUUUGCAGAAAUGCGUUCGUAGAGGAUGCUGAAUUGAGAAUGGGGAGCGGGGCACGUCAGAGAAUUUACUAUGAAUCCCAGAGUUUUCUCUGUAUUCUCCGAAGAUGUCAAUAGUUUGUUACUAGCCAGAGAAUACGACUAUGUUAGAUUAUUUUUAAAGAUGAAAUAUGUAUGAUAGGAUGGAUUCUUUCUGUAUUCUGAGAGUGUACAGUAUAGGGUUAUCUAUAAUGAGAGUUUAUAUCGACAGGGUUCCGUUUGCUCUGCCAUAUAUUAUAAGCAAAAGAAAUUAGUGAAGUGCCACAAUAUUCCAAAUAGUUUUUGAGUUGCCACCUUUUUUUUUUUUUCCUCUUGUCCUUCCAUUUGAAACCUAGAUAACAUGCAGUAAAAACCAAGAGAGUGACUUUUACCGUUUGGGAUGGCGAAGUUUCAUUGAGCCACCUGUUUCCUAGCAUGACUUUGGGAACUUGUGCACAAACCCUAGAUUCUAAAGGAGCUGCUAUUCAUCUGUUGUAGUAGCUCCCUGAGCCAUUGUUCGGAGGACCAGAGCCAAGUCUUGUCGCAUGGGUAUGACCCCUGCAGUACCUAGGCCACAUCUGUCUGCAGCACUGGCUCUUCUGUGAUGCUGAUACACAAAGCCUCUCUUCCACUUGGUCAUUUGCAAACCUCCCCAGCCCCUGCCAUCCACUGAGGAAGGAAAAAAAAAAAACUGCCUGCAGAGGAGUCCAAGUUAACAGAUACCCAGCGCAUCCUGAGUCAUCGCUGCCUCCCACCUCCUGUCCUUAGAGAUGCUGCGAGGAUGUUCCCUUAACCGCGAAGGACUUCCCUGUGAAUGUCUGAUGCUAGUUCAGGGCCUCUGGGCAUUGAUUUGUACGGUGGCAACUCCUGACGGGCUUCUGUUCUAGUUUGGUGUGCUUUCUCUGUCAUUAAAAGAAAAUGAUUUUCCCAA